AUGGAUUUGGAUCGCUCUCUGCGCUGGAAUGGAAGAGAGUUUACCAUGUUCAAUAUUUCCAGAUCAUUGAUCGUCUCACGUCGUUCAUCAGCAAGCUCAAGGGAGGUAAGUUCGUAAGUACUGUACGAACACUUACCUUAGCACGCUUAGCUACCGGUUUCCUGCAGAGCGAUCCGCGGUGAGACGAGAGAGCCGAGCCGAGUUCAGAACCACCCGACUCCCACUGCCACGGCCAUGCCACCAUACUGUACCAUACAGUAGGUAGCUAAUCUAAUCGCUCGUCUAAUCGCUCCUCGCUCUAGUGCGCUCCCAGCCUUGCAGAUUACCCUUCUCGGGGUCAGUGGUCACUGACAUAUAUACAUGCCUUUCUCUGACUUUAGCAUUCAAGUUGACCUCAUCGGGGCGAUUAGUACUGCAGCAGCACCACCUUUGCAGCGGGGUGGUCUGUGUGUGGGCACGGCCGAGUGA